GAAGUCGCUUCGGCAGCCUUGGGGAGCAUGUUCUUCAUCUGUAUCUUGGUGCUCAUUGGUGCUCAUUAUGCAUUUCUCAUAAACUUAAAUCAGCUCAGAAGGACAAGGUCCGCCAGUUCAUGGCAUGCACUCAGGCUAGCGAGAGGACUGCCAUCUACUGCUUGACACAGAAUGAGUGGAAACUAGAUGAGGCCACAGACAGUUUCUUCCAAAACCCCGAGGCGUUUCACCGAGAGUCUAUGAAGAGCAGUGUGGACCAGAAGAAGCUGGAGCAACUGUACAGCAGGUACAAAGACCCACAGGACGAAAACAAAAUUGGAAUCGAUGGGAUUCAGCAGUUCUGUGAUGACCUGAGUCUGGACCCCGCCAGUAUCAGCGUUUUGGUCAUAGCGUGGAAGUUCAGGGCCGCCACUCAAUGUGAAUUUAGCAAAAAGGAAUUUGUGGAUGGCAUGACGGAGCUGGGGUGUGAUAGCACCGAGAGGCUGAAAGCUCUUCUCCCCAGACUGGAGCAAGAGCUUAAGGACCCAGCCAAGUUCAAGGACCUUUACCAGUUUACCUUCACCUUCGCUAAGAACCCUGGGCAGAAGGGCUUAGAUUUAGAAAUGGCUGUUGCAUAUUGGAAGUUAGUAUUGUCUGGAAGGUUUAAGUUUUUAGAUCUUUGGAACACAUUUCUGCUGGAGCAUCACAAAAGAUCAAUUCCAAGGGAUACUUGGAACCUUCUCCUAGAUUUUGGAAACAUGAUUGCAGAUGAUUUGUCUAACUACGAUGAAGAAGGAGCAUGGCCUGUCCUUAUAGAUGACUUUGUAGAAUACGCACGGCCAGUGGUCACAGGCGGGAGACGCAGCCCUUUCUAGAUGGAAAAGCCGGAUGGCGGGUAGGAUGGGCGUGUCUUGGAGGAGACAGCUGCGUGGGUUGCUGUGUGCAUUUGUCGCUGACCUCAGAGUCUUCCUCGUCCACUCAUGAAGCAAACCCUUACUCUGCUUAAAGGCUGCAGUGGCUGACGUGCAGACACACAGAAGCGCCUCGGGACAUCGGGGACAUGGGCAGACCUAGUGCUUUAGAAGCCGCCUGCAUGACUUGUCUUUAGAGAAAGCAACGUAGACCCUGUUCGCAGGGCUGAGAGCUUGCUGUCCAGCUCCUGACGUUACGGUGAGCACCAGCCGUUUCCAAACUGGAAUCAUGUUACAGUUAUGCUUCAAAGCAGCACCUGUGUCCUCAGAAUGACGUAUCUUUUACACAAGUCCAAGCUGUUAAACACACGCCUCAGGAAGGUGGCCUUGCCCGAGAGCCCACUGCUUUUAAUCUUGGUAUUCAAGAUGGAUAGUUUUGAAUUAUCAAAUCUCUAGAUUUACUAGAUGCUUUGCUUUCAUUUUCUCUAGAAGAGACUGUUGCAGUUUGCACAGGGUGGCUGGCACAGGAUAGGUCCAGCAGGUUCAUAUCCAACUGUUGACAAGCUGGUCGGCCAGUUCACUUCUAAUGAGGUUAUCACUAUAGGCCUGGAUGCUGCCUCCUGAGAAGUUUCUUAUUUUUUUAAUAUAUUUUAUAUUUAAAAGGACGUUUUCCAUGAGAAACACUUCUUUUUGAGUGAUGAAUUAGAUUUACAAAUCAGAUGCACCAGUUCCCGUCACCUGUCUAUGAUGUUUUCAGUGCCCAGUGUCCAGCCCUUCGAAAGCCAUAUACAUUUGGAAGCAAACAUACGUCAUCCAGAAGGAAUCCACACCCAAAGCCCUGUCUCACCUGUCUGCGCCUGGGUCUGUGCCGUGUCACCGUGCCGUGUCACCAUCUGCUUUUCCAGUGUUUUUCUGGUCAGCGUGCACUCAUGCACACAGGCAUAGAGGGCCUGGAUCCUACCUGCUCAUCUGGUGUCAAGCUUCGAACAUCACUGUGCUGACCCUACCUCACACUUGCCAAGACUUGGUGUCACACGCGUGCCUUGCUGCCCAGCCUACAGGGCCGUGGGGCAGAUAUGCUGGGCCCACUUCAGGACAGGGGACUCGUCAAUGCCUAAACACAGAAAGCAUGCCCCAUAUGUGCUGUAGGGCAGCUCCUGGUACUGGGGCCUGCUCCUGGGGUAGGAAGCAGCUCUGAGGCAUGCGUGCCCUACGAGGUGGACAUUGCUAAUGAACGGGAAUCUCACAGGAGGUGGAGGGUCAGAACUGGAAACCAGUCUCCACAAAGCCAGCCCCUCGGUGCGUGAGAUGACAUCACUAGUGGCCUGUCAGCGCAGGUCUGUCAAGGGACAACCGGGACAUCUUUGAGAGCGUACGUAACCAAACUGACUUAGUGAAAACCUGGAAAACAACUUCCUUCCAGGCUUUGUGGGUUCCUGACUUGUAGUUAACUUCUGUUCAGAGAAGUUUAUAGAUACAAAGAACUAAAUCUUGAAGGUCUGCAAUACAUUCUUAUUUCUAAGAUUUAACAUUCUUCAGGGAAAGGAGCAGUGAUAUGAUUGAGCAGGUGAAGGCAUGUGCUGCCCAGCCUGAGUUCAGUCCCUGCGAGCCACGUGGUGGAGGGGAGAAGUGACUUCUCCAGUUGUCCUCUGACCUCCACACAUGUGCCAUGAAAUGCAUGUACUCCCCACACACAUGUACUCACACAGUAAAACAAAUAGGCAAACAAGCAUAAAUAAGUUAAGUUCUAUGGGAUUGUCAAUAGGCUGUGACAUACCAGUAAUUGAUAAAGGCUUUUUAAACAAUUGUGCUUUCUGUUCUCUUAUUUACACUUGAAUUGUGCAUGUUACAGAAAUGCUGAAAACUUCAGACAUAGUAAAUAAAAUAUUUUCCCUGGU